AUGGGUACGCCGCAGCCCGUCGACCGAGAUCGGGGAGAGGAAGCAGCACAGCCGAAGGUAAAACAAGAUGUUCUGCCACAGCAGGAAGAAGAUCGCGACCUCCGGAUGCCCGACUUGAGAGAACAAGAGCCUGAGUACCCGCACACAGUACUCUCCGAGUCCAUGAUCACGUACCUCACCUACUUGCUGGGAUACCUCGCACUCGCCUCCUCACUGACCGCGACAAUCUACUUCCCGACCAUCGACCUCCUGGCAGAGAAGUACCGCACCUCGGUGCAGGCGAUCAACAUCACCAUCACCCUCUACGUGGUGUUCCAGGGAAUCGCGCCCUCAUUCUUUUCUCCCUUUCUGAUACCUUUGGUCGGCGGCCGUUACGUCGCGCUCCUCCUGCUGCGGGCUCUGCAGAGCGUCGGCGGGAGUGCCGUGUUGAGUCUGGCCUAUGCAGUCGUCGCAGAUGUCAUCCCCCAUUCUCGCCGCGGGUCUGUCCUGGGCCCUAUGAUGGCGGCUAUGAACCUGGGCCCGUGUAUUGGGCCGGUGCUAGGAGGAGGCGCCAUACUGGCGAGCGGAAACGUGAGGUGGUGCUUUGUCACGCUGGUAGCGUUCAGAGCAUCGGCGCUGAUGCUCCUCGGCUGGACUAUGUCGGAGACCGGGAGGAACAUUGUGGGUAACGGCGCCGUUGAGCCUCAUGGCGUCUGGGCAACGUGGUGGCACGCCUUGAGAUUGGCUCUCAGACGGCGUUAUUCCACGACCACCGAAGACGGCCCAUCAGCAGAUGUUGAGAAAGUACCGAACCCCCCUGACUCUGCCGAAGAAAUCAAAAAUGAGCACGAUAGGGAGAUAAUUAGUGCGCCCACGCCCGAUUCCGAGGACCCAAACAAGAGCAAAACGGGACGAGGCACGCUCUCGGCUCCGAGUCCCCUCCCCUCGAUUCGCAUCUUCUUCUACCCAGACGCAGCACUGAUACUCUGGCUCUGCGCCGCUCCAUACACUGUCUGGUACUGCAUCCAGACAUACAUCCCACUGAUAUACGGGCCAGGAUACGGGUUCAACGACUUCGAGGUCGGCCUGUGCUUUCUCGCCGGGGGAGGCGGAGUCAUCGCCGGUGGUUGGAUUGCGGGACGUCUUAUGGAUUGGAGCUUCCGUAAAACGGCGACCGAGGCGGGUUUUCCGGAAGGCAGUAAAGCAACUAUCGAUAUCCGUCGUUUUCCCGUCGAGGAAGCGCGGUCGAGAGCGAGCAUACCGAUCAUGUCGAUCUCCAUGGCCGCGGUGAUCGGCUACGGCUGGGCCGUACAACGGCACACCCACCCCGCGGUGCCGUUGUGUCUCCAGUUCCUCCUGGGUGCAAAUUGCACGGUCAUACACCAGACCUACAGCGCCCUCAUCGUGGAUAACUUCUCCGCCCGUCCGGGCACAGCUGGGGCGAGUAACAACAUCUGCAGAUGUGCGCUGUCUGCUGGCGCUGUCGCCGUGUUGCAGCCCAUCGUGAAGGCAAUCGGAUACUCCUGGUUAUUCACACUGCUAGCCCUGGUCGAGGGAAUUGGGAGCAUUGCUGCCGUUUACGCGCUCAGGAGGUGGGGCAGGAGGUGGCGUGGAAUGAGAGAUGAUCUCGCGGAGGGAAAGGGGCGGCGGCAAGAGGGGCGAAAGUGGGCAUUCUGGCAACGCAAGGUAGCACCAGGACCUUCUGAGACUUGA